AUGGACUGUGUGGCAAAAAGGAAGCCAACGGAUGUUAUAUCCGACGUUGGCUCGUCGGUCUAUUCCCAAAGCGUACAUGCGUCACGUAAAGAAUAUCAACAGCGUUUGCGUAAGCCCGACAAACACAUCGCCUUCCGUCUGGUGCGUUACUUUACAUUUGGUGGUAUUCUGCAGGCAAUAGCCGAGGCCACGGGAAUCCCUCGUGAUACGCUAGUGAAAGGUGGAGCAAGCCAGUUGCAGGAUCAGUCAAGUGGCUGUGGGGACGAAAUUCACGCGGCACACGUGAUUCGUAUUGGCUCCAUCAAUGGGGAACUGAAGACAAAGAAUGAAUCACUUCACAGAGCGCUAGAAAACUAUGUCGGACACACACAGAAUGUGCCGCGUAAGGUUAAUUUCUGGAGUGGCAUUGGAGGCGCGAUAGAUCAGUACCAGUCUAACAAGCUAUCAGCCUUAGCUACAAUACACUUCACUGGUACAUUAUCUGAUAAUCGGGAUAUCAUUGUACAAUUGCAAGCAACUUUUCGAGCAAUUGUCGAUGAAUACGUACUCAAAGAAAGGAAUGGCGAAUCAAGGGAAAUAUUUGAAAAAGUUAAGGAAACGAUUGAUUUGGUGGAAGAUAACAUGUUGUUUGGCAACGGCACCGCAGGGUAUGCCAUGGUACAGAACGGAACGUUUCUACAACGGUACAAUAGACAUGGUUGA